AUGGCGACGACGGCCCGCCCUCACCACAGGGCCUCGUCCAUUGCCUCGUCCACCUCCUCCGACAAGCUCUCCCCCCUCGCGCCCUCGUCCUUUGUCGCCGCCGCCGCGGCCGCCUCCUCCCCGAUCCCCGCCUCCGCGACCUCUCCCCCCGAUACCCACGCGACGACGACGAUACCCGCGCAACAGCAGCAGCAGCGAUCACACCAGCAACAACGACAGCAACAGCAUCCAGACGCAACGCCGCCGCCGUCCGUCCACCCGUCCAUCCUCCAGCCCCGCGUCGCCGUCGUCCUCAACGUGCCCCCGCCAUGGCACCCGUGGCUCUUCGCCCUGCGCCUGUGCUCCAUCCUGCCCGCGCUGUGGUGGGGGCUGCCCUGCGCCCUCGAGCUGCUCCUCCGCCUGCUGCCCAACAAUGGGCCCGGGCGGGCUCCCCGCGGCGCGAACCGUCCCGCCGGCGACGAUGACGCCGUGCCUUUUGCCCUCACCGAGGGGGCGCUUGCGACGAUAUGGUGCUUUGCGUGCGGAUACCUCGCCUUCUUCUUCACCGACUGCCUCAUGUCCAGAUGGCUCAUCAACUACACCCCGCAAGCCACCAUCGUGCGCCUCCUCACCAUCAACGCCGUCAACGCCUACCUCACCCUCUCCGUCCUCUCCCUCACCGGCGGCUUCCACGACCAGCGCCUCCUCCUGCCCGGCUGGAUCGGCAUCGCAACGACCCUCACCGUGUGCUACCACAUCACGCACCAGAAAAUCAACAUUCGCAAGGAGACGUCCACGUCGGUCAACGUCUUCUCCAUCGCCAGCUACAUCACCAUGGUCACGCUGCUCGUGCACAUGCACUCCAACCUCGUCGACUACCCGACCAUGCCCUUCGUGGCGCGCGGGAGACAGCUGCUCAACGACGGGCGGGGCAUGUGGGCGAGAGUCAAAGGCGCCAUUGAGCGCUCCGAGCUAUAG